AUGUUGAACAUAUGGUCUAUGAAAAAGAAGCAAAAGGAGGCUGAGAAUGCCGAGGGGCAGGCAGCCGGAGGCAAGCGGAAGAAGGUGACGGCGGCACAGCUGCGAGUACAAAAAGACUUGUCAGAGCUAUCUCUGGGCACGACGAUGAAGACGGAAUUCCCCGACCCGGACAACAUCCUCAACUUUAUCCUGUCGAUCGAGCCGGACGAGGGCAUGUACCGGGGCGGCAGGUUCACGUUCGACUUCGCCAUCAACCAAAACUUCCCGCACGAGCCGCCCAAGGUGCUGUGCAAGGAGAAGAUUUACCACCCCAACAUUGAUCUCGAGGGCAAGGUGUGCCUGAACAUUCUGCGGGAGGACUGGAAGCCCGUGCUGAACUUGAAUGCGGUCAUUGUGGGGUUGCAGUUCUUGUUCUUGGAGCCCAACGCUUCGGAUCCCCUCAACAAAGAGGCUGCUGACGACCUGAGAAGCAAUCGGGAGGGCUUCAAGAGGAAUGUCCGGACGGCGAUGAGUGGAGGCACCGUCAAGGGCACGGCAUACGACCGUGUUCUCAAAUAA